AGACAUAGGCCCCCUUCUGUCUUUUGCUUCAGUAAGUAGAACACGGUUGAGGAUUUCGUCACAGUGAAGAUGCAAAGGCCGAUGGUUUCUGGUUGCAUUGGCUGGUCUUAGAAAGAUUUCUUAACUAAAAAUUUACUCCAAUGGAUGAACUUCGCCACCCAUCCCCCCUCUCUCUCUCUGUCUAUCUCUCAUUGACGCAAGAUUGGAAGGUUCAGAAUAAAAUCAUUAAAUCGUUCGUUACUUUCGUCUAGUCCGUCUGCAAUUGCCACAAGAUCAAGGAUCGGCGGCUUCUGAGUUAAUAAAAUGCCCAACACUUUCCAGCGUCAAUCAAUACCCCCAUGAAAUCUCCAAAAUCUACAUCUAAUCACCCCAUCCUUCUCCUCUUAGAAGAAUGCAGGACCCUAAAGACUCUGAAGCAAGUUCACGCUCAAAUGAUCACAAUGGGUCUCAUCCUCCACACCUUCCCUAUCAGUAGGAUUCUUCUCUUAUCCUCCAUACUAGCCCCACCCUACGCACUCUCCAUCUUCAACCAAAUCCAACACCCAACAGUCUUUCUCUUCAACACUCUCGUCUCCUCUCUCGCCGCGCAGGACUAUACCCACGUAUCUUUCUCUCUUUACUCUCGAAUCCUUUCCGACAAAACACUCAGACCCAACAACUUUACUUACCCAUCUCUUUUCAAGGCUUGUGGGUCUCACCCGUGGCUCGACCAUGGUCGAGCACUCCAUGCCCAUGUCGUGAAAUUUCUUGAACCUACGUCCGACCAUUUCGUCCGUGCUUCCUUGCUCAAUUUUUACGCUAAAUGUGGCAAACUUGCCCAUUCUAGGUACCUCUUCAAUCAAAUUUCAGCACCUGAUCUUGCAACGUGGAAUUCUAUCUUGGCUUGCUAUGCUCGGAGCAGCACUGCUAAUGUCGUUGGCACGAACGCUGCUAGUGAAGACACUGGUUUGGCAGUUGAGGUCUUGUCUCUGUUUGGUGAGAUGCAGUUGUCCCCAAUAAGGCCGAAUGAAGUCACCCUUGUUGCUUUAAUUGGUGCCUGUGCUGAUUUGGGUGCUCUUACUCAAGGUACAUGGGCACACGCGCAUGUAUUGAAGAACAAUCUUAGUUUAAAUCGCUUUUUAUGCACUGCUUUGAUCGAUAUGUAUGGGAAAUGUGGGUGCCUACAUUUAGCAAAACAGGUUUUCGAUCAAUUGCCCCAAAAGGACACAUUAUGUUACAAUGCGAUGAUCAGAGGGCUUGCGAUUCACGGACAUGGGCAACAAGCACUUGAUCUUUUUAACACGAUGACAUAUAACGGUGUGAGGCCUGACGAAGUCACCAUUGUAGUAGUAAUCAGUGGGUGUGCACAUGUUGGCUUGGUUGAGGAAGGUCGUAAAUUGUUCUUAUCAAUGAAGGAAGCUUACGGCAUUGAGCCAAAACUAGAGCAUUACGGGUGCCUAGUGGACCUUCUUGGUCGAGCUGGGCGGCUUAAAGAGGCUGAAGAAAUAGUUAGGGCCAUGCCCAUGAAGCCGAAUGCAGUGUUAUGGAGGUCUUUAUUAGGGGCAUCCAGAGUCCAUGGUAAUUUGGAGUUGGGGGAAGUUGCACUCAGGAACCUAAUACAAUUAGAGCCUGAGACUAGUGGAAAUUAUGUACUCCUAUCAAACAUGUAUGCUAGCAUCAACAGAUGGGAUGAUGUGAGGAGGGUGAGGAAGGUGAUGAAAGAUCAGGGCAUUAACAAAAUGCCUGGAUGUAGCUUGAUUGAGAUUGGUGGGGAGAUACAUGAGUUUAUCAUGGGAGACAGAGCACACCCUCAUUCAAAAGAAAUUUAUUUGAAGAUUGAAGAGAUAAGCAAGAGGCUAAACGCAUAUGGUCAUAGGCCAAGCACCAAAGAAGUGUUGUUUGACAUAGAAGAGGAGGAGAAGGAAGAUGCUCUCUCCUAUCACAGUGAAAGGCUAGCAAUUGCUUUUGCUCUUAUUUUUUCUACUUCAAGUGUCCCUAUCCGAAUUAUAAAGAACCUUAGAGUAUGUGGUGAUUGCCAUGCAACCACAAAACUUAUUUCUAAGAUAUACCACAGGGAGAUAAUUGUGAGGGAUCGUAGCAGGUUUCAUCAUUUUAGAGAUGGGGCAUGCUCUUGUUUGGAUUAUUGGUAAAUAGGGUCAAACCCUCAAUAUUGUUUCUUGUUUGUAGAAUCAAAAGGAUCUAAAGAGAGACCAA